ACAGUAUGGCGGCUGGGACUCGCGGAGGAGGACAACUUCUGCUAGAUUCCUUCCAGAAAACUGCAGCAAGGCGACGGAUUUAACUCCAACCCGUCCCGGCAGCCCGAGCUGGACUACGGCAGACGACGGCCGCGCACCGUGCGGCUCUCAGGGCGGUUUCCCCGGGAGAUAACCGGGCUGGUGUGAUGCGUUGAGGACCCGCAGUCAGAAACUCCCCUGGUUUUUCCGCGUCUGUUCCUGACUGACUGUCAGCUAGCCGGCUAGCCGCUCGGUAGCUAGCUCCCCCAUGCUAACGGCCGCUCGCGGGGCUCCGUAGUAGCCAAAAAGGCGGGCUAGCUUGCUGCUUUUACCCGCUCCGGGAGACCGGGAUGGCAUUUCGCCUCCAUCCGGAGAGUCUUGUUGAAUCCAAGUGGAAGAGCAGUGCAGCGCGCGCUGUGCUCAGUGGACAAUGUUAUAUAUCAGUUAGUGCCUAGGAACUAACUCCAGGACUAACGCUUCGGCCUAUAUAUAUAUAUAUAUAUAUAUAUAUAUAUAUGCAUACAGGCCACACAUAUUGUAGAUUAUUCUUUGGGGAUUGCAACAGAAGACUGCCACUCUGGAUCAAGAGAACCUGUCCCUGGUGUCUGGUUGGAGUAAUACUCUAAAGCCAAAGUCAAUGCCUUCAGCGCUGGCCGUGUUCGCCUGCCGACCCAACUCGCACCCCUUCCAGGAGCGCCAUGUGUACCUGGACGAGCCCGUCAAGAUCGGCAGGUCGGUGGCUCGGUGCCGGCCGGCCCAGAACAACGCCACCUUCGACUGCAAGGUGCUGUCCAGGAACCAUGCCCUGGUCUGGUUCGACCACAAGACCGGCAAGUUCUACCUGCAGGACACUAAAAGCAGCAACGGGACGUUCAUCAACAGCCAGCGGUUGAGUCGCGGCUCCGAGGAGAGUCCGCCCUGCGAGGUUCUGUCCGGAGACACCAUCCAGUUCGGCGUGGACGUCACUGAGAACACACGGAAAGUCACCCAUGGCUGCAUCGUGUCAACAAUCAAACUCUUCCUACCUGAUGGGAUGGAGGCACGGCGGCGCAGCGAUGUCAUCCAGGCUCCGUUACCACUACCUGUAGACAAGGUUGCAGCCAACACUCCCAGUAUGUAUUCUCAGGAACUGUUCCAGCUCUCCCAGUAUCUCCAGGAGGCCUUACACCGAGAGCAGAUGUUGGAGCAGAAGCUAGCCACGCUGCAGCGCCUGCUAGCCAACACUCAGGAGGCCUCGGAGAGCAGCUGGCAGGCUCUGAUAGAUGAGGACCGUCUGCUCUCCAGGCUGGAGGUGAUGGGCAGCCAGCUGCAGGCGUACUCUAAGUCCCAGACGGAGGAGGGGAUCCGGAAGGAGCUGCUGGCUCUGCAGGAGGACAAACACAACUACGAGACCACGGCCAAGGAGUCCCUGAGGAGAGUCCUGCAGGAGAAGAUCGAGGUGGUCAGGAAGCUGUCGGAGGUGGAGCGGUCGCUCAGCAACACGGAGGACGAGUGCACCCACCUGAAGGAGAUGUCUGAGAGGAGCCAGGAGGAGCUGAGGGAGCUCGCCAACAAGUACAACGCCGCCGUCAACGAGAUCAAAGAGCUCACCGACAAAAUUAAGGCGGCGGAGGGCCGGCAGGAGGAGCUGACCCAGCGAGGAGCGACGGAGAAGAGGGAGCUGGAGCUGCGUAUCGAGGAGAUGGAGGAGAAGGAGCAGGUUCUCCAGGCUCGAAUAGAAGCUCUGCAGGCCGACAACGACUUCACUAACGAGAGGCUGGCAGCACUACAGGUGCGGUUAGAACAGCUACAGGAGAAAAGCAUAAAAGAAAACAACAGCCUGGAUGAGGACUUUGUCCCCGACGGAGCGCUAGACGAGGACAAACUGGGCCUGCAGAAGGAAGACGAGAGCCCCGAGGAAGACGAGGAGGAGGAAGAUACAGACACAGAUGAUGGGGCUUUUGGUGGAGAUGAAGAUGUCCAUGAGAACAACUGUCACGUUAACAACAGCGGAGGAGACUCGACUAGAAUCCAACAGUUGAUAGAGUGUCCGCCCGUCAAACAGCUGAAGGAGACUGUCAGUUCUUCAAUCCACAAACUGGCCAACUUCGAUGAAGUGAUGGACGCUCACCUGCAGAACAACCAGACGGAGGAAGACGACAUCCCCAAAGGGAACCAGAUGGAUGCCAAAGAGUCCGACAUGUCCGACACUCUGAGUCCGAGUAAAGACCGCAGCAGUGACGACACGUCAGACGGCAACAUGGACGAGCAGGACGAACCACAGAACAGAGUCGCUCUGCUCAAAGCGGAGCUGCAUCGGGCCGGUCUAGAGCCUGGAGACACGGAGCAGGUCAUACACCACCUCCACAGAGAGCUGCUGGACGCCCAGGAACUAGCCAACACCGGCAAACAGAGAUGUCUGGAGCUACAAGCUCUGCUGGAGGACGAGAGGAGGAAUAACUCCCAGCAGACGGAGGAGUCGACCAAACAGAUCCAGUACCUGCAGACUCAGCUAGGGAAGCUGCAGGCUGACAUGGAGGCUCUGAGGGAGCAGAGGGAGAGCACCAUCUGCACCACCAGAGAGGAGCUCUACUGCGCCCAGGAGGAGAUCCUGGUCCUGCGCCACGCCAUGGAGGCGGCCACGGCGGAGCGUGAGCGUGAGAUCGGCUCCCUGCAGGAGGAGCUGGGCAGCGUGCGCUCCGAGCUGGAGCAGUGGAGGAGCACGGCCGCCAAGUACGAGGAGGAGAUCAGCCGGCUGCAGGAGGCGUUCACGCAGCAGCAGCAGCAGCAGAGCUCCACCAACGAGCUGCAGGCGGAGUGUGUGACGUUGCAGCAGCGCUGUGCCUGUUUGCAGCAGGACUGUGACGGCCUGAAAGCUGAACGGGAAACUCUGACAGACAAGCUGCUGCGCCUGGAGACGGAGCUGAGCAGCUCCAGGCAGCAGAGUCUGGUCCUCAGCAGCUCUCUGGAGUCUCUGGAGAAGAGGGAGGAGGUUCUACAGGACAAACUGGGUUCUCUGGAGAACCGACACCUGCAGGACGCAAGCAAGCUGAAGAACCAGCUGGACCAGGCCCAGGCCCACACACACACACUGCAGAGAGAGUAUGAAGACACUCAGUCUCAGCUGUUGGACCUCCGUCAGCGUUAUGAGAGAACAGAAAAGGAGAAGCUGAACAUCCACCAGGAGCUGGAGCAGUGCAGGAGCAGCCUGAAGCUGCUGCAGGACAAGACCAGCUCCAGCGGCUGGAGCCCCUGGAUGCCGGUCAUCGCAGUGAUGGUCGCCGUGACGGCAGCCGUCCUCUACCCCAACCUCUCCAAGAGCAGCUCCUAGGACACACACACACACACACACACACACACACACACACACACACACACACACACACACACACACACACACACACACACUGGGCUGUGAGGGGAGCAUCACUGCUUUACUUGUAUAAAGUCUAAUUGUACAUAAUUGUAGAGGGAAUAUAAAGGUUGUGGUUUCUACAGAGGAUUCAGAAGUUUCUUUGGUUUAUUUUGUUUUCGUGUUUGUUUCUUGGGGAGUUUUUUUUUUUUUGUUUUGUCGUUUUUAUUCUGGGCUCUCUCUCAGCUGUGGUGGGCUGUUCUUUUGGGUUGGUUUUUUUUCUCGUCUCUCUGCUGAUUUUGUGGGUUAACGAAGCGUUCAACAGGCCGAGCUUCCACACAAACAAACAGACGUUCACACGUCCCACCGUCAGCGAACGCAACACUUUCCAGCAGGAACGACUCUGAACGUUUGCUGGGAGGAGAAUCUGCACACAGACGGCGGUUCAACUUCAGAAAAAUACAAAAUUACUUUAUUUCCACCUGCAGCUCCGUCAGAAGCGGUUUGAGCUGCAGAGAUCUCAGACAGAUUCACUUUAGUGUUUUUACUGACGACACGCUCAUUUCUCCUUUGAAACAUCUUCAUCUUUAAUCUGACUCAUUUAUUACUUUAAAGCAGCCCACCGCUCUGUGGAAUCUGUCUUUUAUUACAGCGGUGGCGUUAUUAAUCAGUUAAAACAUUAAACUGUGCAGCAGCUGGAGCUUAUUGAAGGUUUAGUUGUUUUUUAGUUUUUCUGCCCGGCGACUGUGUGUCGCUGCUGUUCGUCCUGAGAGUUUCAAACGUUUCAAGCAGGAAAAGGAGUUUAACAUGCAACAUGUUAGAAACACAUUUAUGCCACGAUGCUAUAAUAGUCUUUAACUAACAGCAGUAAAACUCCCGGUGGACACAAUGAGAAGUUGUAGCUGCCUGGCCAGUAAAAGUCUGCAGCUGACCACAAACGCACCAUCAAAAACUUACUAAAAUCAGAAUGCAGAGAUUUAAAACUUUCACUUCAACACAGAACAAAGACAAAAGAUCUAAUUCUUCAUGGUUAAAUCUUCUUAAACAGGUGUUUUAAGUAGAAUUAUUGUUCAUCUGCUCAUAUUUCCCCUUUUUGUAUCAAUCUGGUCCUGAAAACACGGAGGGAAUACUGAGUCGAGCUUCAAUUUACAAUUAUUUUCUAAUUAUUGGUUCAUCUAAAAGUCCAUCGCAGCUUCUCAAACAACCAUUUGGGUUCUGGAUCGACAAAACAAGAGAAAAUAUUCAGUUUAAUAUGAAGUCUGAGGGGCUGAAAACAGCAUUUUGCAUAAAUUAAUUAACAACCGAGAUUUCGGACGUUAGAAUGUAAAUAACCAUUGCAUUGAUCGACUUCGAUGAGUUUUCUGAUCGUUGCAGCUCAAUAAAUCUUUAAUUUAAUUUAAUUUAAAGACAAAGGUAAAGUAAAUCCUCGUCGGUCAGAUUCUCCUCCCAGUAAAAGUUAUAAAGUUUCUGUGGAAACUGUUUCUGUGUCGGCUUGUUUCUGUUUGGUUUUGUUUAUUUUCAGUGGAGUUUUUCGGGUUUGGGGGUUAAAACUUGAAGCCAAAUUCUUUAAAAUAAAAAUCUGAUUUAUUUUUUUUCA